AGAUCUUCCUUUCCUUGCUUCUGUAGCAACAACUAUUGUCACGGCUAUGUCGCAACUCUAAACCUUUACAGUCCAGGGUGGUGUCUCGAGUCGGGUUCAAUCUCAAACGCAAGACAGGUCACGAGCUCCCGCGAUCGCCGGUCCCGUUAAGUACAUCCCUGCUGGCCAAAACUGAACGGAUAGGAGAAUGCCUUGUCAAGAACAUCGCUAAACUGCUAGUACAUACGUAUCAUUGCUUCUUGUUUUCAUAGAAGAGCAGAAUGAUCCUCAACAAGGUCCUGAUCACUGGCGGCACCGGUUUUGUUGGUUCCGCAACAGCCAGAGCUUUGGCUGAAAAGCACCCGGAGUGUGCUAUCACGAUCGUCGAUAUAAGACCGCCCGAUUCUACACAUGAAUUGCCAACUAACAUCACAUUCAUCAAAGCUGAUGUGACGGCUCGACGUGAGAUCGAAGAGGUUGUCCUGAAAACUAAGCCAGUUGUUGUCAUUCAUACAGCAGGAAUAGUUCCCGUGCUCGGAGAAAGGUAUGGCAGAAAGCUAAAGGACUUGGUCUGGAAGAUCAACGUGGAAGGUACAGACAAUGUACUUCACUCAGCAAAACAAGCAGGAGUCGAGGCCUUUGUUUAUACCAGCAGUUGUUGUGCAAUCACGGAUGAUAUGAGCGUGCCCUAUUGUAAUAUUGAUGAACGCUGGCCAACGUCGCGGUCGUCACUCAUAUACGGAGAGUCCAAGGCAGCUGCAGAAGCCAUUGUCCUCCAAGCAUCCGAUUCCACGUUCUCAGUCUGCGCUCUCCGGCCGUCGGUGCUCUGUGGACCAGGGGAUUACCAAUUGGUCCCAGCCAUUCAUGCAUGUAUCGAGAAAUGGGAGACACCCUUCAUCAUUGGCGAUGGCCUUAAUCUUUGGGACGUGACAUACGUAACGAAUGUUGCAGAUGCCCACGUAUUGGCGGCCGAGAACCUGACUUCCUCAAAGACCGCUGCUGGCGAGGCAUUCUUCAUUCAAAACAAUGAACCCAUCACGUUCCGCGACUUCUGUUUGGCGAUAUGGGCGCAUUUUGGGCACAUCCCGCAAUUUCAGGUUCAUAUUCCAGCAAGCCUAGCUUGGGCUGCAGGGCUCUUUUCAGAGUGUUUUACGUGGAUGUCUGGGGCAACAACAACGCUCAGCAGGGGUAGCGUUAGAGAUGCUUGCUCCACCCGAUAUGCCAACGGAGAAAAAGCAAGAAAAGUUCUUGGUUACGAGGCCCGUGUUGGGAUCGAGGAUGCCAUCCGUCUCAGCUGUGAGGAUUACGCUCGUCGCUUGAGAGGUUGACCGGUCUAACCGCCCGACGCGAGGGAGGCGAAACGCCAAUUGAAGGCUGUAGGUAAAAGAUCAACGCCUAUAUUGGACAAUUAUCUUCCAGGAACUCGUCUCAACGAAUGAAUGAGACCACUGCGCCAAUAUCGUCAUCUAGUUAUUGUUAAUGCUAAGCCUCAUCCCUUCACCACCGAGGAAUCAACAGCCUCACCAUGUCAGCAAUACCCACGAGGAAACCAUCCCUAUCUUGAUUUCGUACCCAGGCUGUUGUGUCCACCCGUCCUGCCACUCUCCCAAGCUGUCUCUAGAAUGACAGUUUGGCUAAUUGUCCGGGGCCUUGCAUAGCGUCCAU